AUGCCGUACGUUCCUCCGCACAUGCGAGCUGGUGCGACGGUUUCCGGUUCCGAACCUCCUUCCCGGACGACGCCAGCAGCUUCAGUAAUCGACGAUUAUCUUGAGCGAGAAUCAUCCGUCAUUGGAACACCUUGCAGCAGCAACUGUGCCUGUAACGGAGGAAAUGGUCGCUGCAACCGCAUGCUGCUCAGAUUCCAGCCGUUCAAAGGGAGGAGCUACCUGCAUCUACAGGAUCAGAACCUCUCCCUUCUAACGAGAGUUCCAGAAGCUGAAUACGACCAUAUCGAAUCACCUGAUAACGAGAGCAACAGGACGACUGGACAUUCUCCUUCCGCCGCUGUGAAUUCUCCCCCCAUCGCGACCCCGGCCUCCUUAUUCGACGCCAUAGCCGUACAGCUUCGCGCGGGGUUGGAGGCGGUAUACAGGGAGAUGGAGUUUGCCGCCCAGUCGCAGCUAAGGCGGUCCACUUUGGACCGUUGCAAGCUCGUCGUGCGCCUUGGGAAGCUGCUGUUCGCCCCGCCAUUUGGAUCGCCAGAGUCGCUGCUUCCUAGCCUGUCGCCAUUUACAGCGGGCCAGUUGGAGUCGACUCUAAACAGGCGUGUGCAGCGCCUGCCAACCAGGGUGCAUCGUUCACUGGAGACAGGCAUGCCAGAGCCGCUUUUUCAAGCAGUGGAGAGCAUUGUGAUGGCGGGGGACGGGGUCAGCGCGUGCAUGAGAGAGACGUACCACAUUCGGGUACAAGACACAGAGCAGCUUGACACAGAGUACAAGCUCAUAUGCAAGCCUGAUCCGGAUGGCUCAGGGGUUAUCCUCGUUAAGGUGAAGCACAAUCCACUGCGCUAUGCAGUCAUCGACGUCUCUCGCCUCUCCAGAGCCAUUGACUUCCGCCUCAUGCUCUCCACCGAUACCCGCCUCUGCGCUCUCGAUGAUGCCACCCGGUCUGCAUGUGAGCGCAUAGCAUCGACAGCAAUUAUCGAGGGCAGCGCCAAGGGUGGCCUGCACUGGCCUAUCACGCUCGACUUUGAUGUUGGCAUGAAGGACCCACGCUCACCAUCUCAUACACCAGCAUCAGCAGCAGCAGCAGCAGCAGCACCCUCACACCGCUUCAGAGUGAAGAGUGUGCGACAUCAGAAGCGGCUCAAGGUGUUUGGGGGCGGGCAGGUGUGGAAGCUGUCGCGAGUGAACGGGGUGGAGUAUGACCAUGGGGGAGGGCGCCUCACCAAUGAAGCAGAGUUCUGCCUGCUGGCCUGGCGAGAUGUUAUGAAGGUGCGUGAUUGA